CGCCUGCAUCUGUGCGUGUGUGGUGAUUUUGGGGGGGACCUUUUUUGGAGGGCUUGCUCUCUCCAUCCCCAUGAACAUACAAAGGUCAACCCCAAUCACAAUCGCACGCUAUGGAAGACCUCGGAAUAAAACCCAGGAUUUUGAAGAGCUCACUUCUGUAAGGCCCACCGAGUCCAGCCAGAGUUUCAGCCCCAACCUCGGCUCACCCAGCCCGCCAGAGACUCCCAACUUGCCGCAUUGCGUUUCUUGCAUCGGGAAAUACUUACUGCUGGAGCCUCUGGAAGGAGACCACAUUUUUCGAGCCGUGCAUCUGCACAGCGAGGAGGAGCUGGUUUGCAAGGUGUUUGAUAUCGGCUGCUACCAAGAGUUGCUGGCGCCCUGCUUCUGCCUGGCCCCUCACGACAACAUCAACCAAAUCACUGAAAUCAUUCUCGGGGAGACGAAAGCGUAUGUGUUCUUUGAGAGGAGCUAUGGGGACAUGCAUUCCUUUGUUCGUACCUGCAAGAAGCUGAAGGAGGAGGAAGCGGCCAAGCUGUUCUAUCAGAUAGCGUCUGCUGUGGCGCACUGUCACGACGGCGGGCUGGUGCUGCGGGAUCUCAAGCUGCGGAAAUUCAUCUUCAAGGAUGAAGAAAGGACUCGAGUAAAAUUGGAGAGCCUCGAAGACGCUUACAUUUUGCGAGGGAACGACGACUCCCUUUCCGAUAAGCAUGGAUGCCCCGCCUACGUGAGCCCAGAGAUCUUGAACACAAACGGCAGCUACUCUGGCAAGGCGGCCGACGUGUGGAGUCUAGGAGUCAUGCUGUACACCAUGCUCGUUGGACGCUACCCCUUUCAUGACAUUGAGCCUAGCUCUCUCUUCAGCAAGAUCCGCCGCGGGCAGUUCAGCAUUCCAGAGACUCUAUCCCCCAAGGCAAAAUGCCUUAUUCGUAGCAUUCUGCGCCGGGAGCCCUCAGAAAGGCUGACUUCGCAGGAAAUUCUGGACCACCCUUGGUUUUCUACAGAUUUUAAUGUGUCUAAUUCAGGAUAUGGUGCUAAGGAAGCAACGGAUCAGCUGGUGCCUGACGUCAACAUGGAAGAGGACUCGGACCCUUUCUUUAACUGAGCGGCAGGGACUAGUGUUUUGGGUGCUGCAUGGCCAGGAAGGGACAACAUGAAGGGAGUCCUUUCUGGCCGUGCAGAAUUAUAUCUGUGUUUCAGCCUGGCUUGAUAGCAAAAGAGAGAGAGAGAGGGAGAGACAACAUGGAGUUCUUUUUUUUUCCUGGUUGGAGAAGGAACGCCCAAUAAAUGAGCUAACACCACAGAUGUAGCAUGUGGAUGGUUUAGAUGGGAGGAGUCGUUGCUAUUCAGUUAGAUUGACAUAGAAAAUAAAGGAGGCGGCAGCACACAGAGAGACUGUAGCUUCUCAUCUUUAUGGAGCCAAGGACACAACGCACCCCAAGUUCCAGUGCAGCCACUAAUCCACUCCUGAUUCCGUUUCGUUCAUGUAUUUACAGUUCCCAGUAAAUAGAAACUUUUGCCUCAACUUGCAUCUUGGCAUCGCACUGUUAGAUAUUUAACUUCAGCCAUUAUUCAGGGAAGGUACAACUAGCUAUUAUUUUAUUCUUUGUUUUCCUAGAUUAUUUCUCUCUCCCCCCCCCC